UAAGCGCACACGUUUGUUUUGGUUUUGCUCAUCGUAUGGGAAAUGCUGUAAGUUAGAGUGCGAUAGCAAUAUAAAUUUAAGAAAAGUUUUGCUCUGUUCGCACUGAGACUGUAUCCCUGGUCGUUUUAUAUGAAGAACGUAAAUAAAAAAAAAUAUUUUGUUAAAAGAAACUGCAAUAAAACACUGAAUUGUAGUUGCACAAUUAAUGGAUAGGUUAAAGAAAAGUUUUGGCCGACGUCAAUUGGCUGACGAGCUGAAGCAAAAGCAGGCCAUAACAGACCAGCUACUGCAACGCAUACUCUACUCGAAACGUCUAUUGGUGGACCACGUGGAGGCGCUGGAACAAUGCAUGCAACAGUGUCCCACAAAUCUUACCGGCCGGCAGUUGUUGAGCACGAGAAAUGCGUGCCUGCUGCUCGGCAGCACCUUGCUGGAGCAUUUGAUAACGCCUCGUGGAUUGCGACUGACGCUGCUUCCCGCUGUGGUGCUCAGCAGCACAUUUGGCGCACUCUAUGCCGUUAAAAGUGUCUUUGUGUGCCGGAAUAAGAUGGUGGAGCGCAAACUGGAGGAGCUGGUGAAGACCAUCGAUGAGUUUGGCAACUGCAUCAGGCGCAAUAUGACCUACUUUCAGGAGAUUAUCAUCAUGAAGCAGGCAGAGCUCAUUGAAUCACGUCAGAUAGAACGCGCCUGGGACUGCAUCACAGCAGCUAAGGAGGUAACUGAGAUACUAUACGAUGCCACGCGUAAGCUGGAAGUCGACUAUCCCCUGCCCGCCAAGUAUGGUCCCUACUAUGCGCCCAUGGAAGAGCUGCGCGAAUGCGAGUACUUCAAGAACAACGUUACGGAUUACAGUCCGAAGCACAUAAAGGAUUUCCACAACAUAUUUGCCUAUGUGCAAUCCCAGUAUUUGUUGCGCCUGGCGCUAUCAAUCAUGACGCUACCCUCGAUUUCUCAACUCAGCGAGGACUUGGUGAAGAUUGACAAUCUGGUGCGACAGCUUGUCCAGGAGGAGGAUCAGCACUUUAAGAAUCUAGGCUUAGGCAUGCAAAACAAGAAGCAAUUGGAGCUGGAUCAGCUGCAUGCCGCCAAGGUGCAACAGCAGCAAAGUGGUCCCAUUGCCGUACUGCAGCAUUCAUCGCUCAAGCUCAGUGCCUGCAUGGUGGCCGUGGCUGGCGAGUGUCAGGCCCUGGACGUGACGCUACAGCAGCUGACGGCGACGGAGGCGGCGAACAAGAACAAUGCCAAGCAACUGGUUGCCGUGGCCAACAAUAUGCGUGGCAUUGAGAAUGCAUUGGCCGUUUGCUGUGAUGAUUUCCAGCGUUUGAUGCUGGUGUACAACAAGUUUUUGCAUAGCAAAUUGGAUUUAGAUGUGGACCUGCCACGCACAAGCAAUGCACCAACCAAGGACAAUGAGUUUCCCGAGAGCAUAUUGCGCGUGGAGUUCUCCCAGAAUCCCAGCGAGCCUCAGAAGUGUGAUGACUUUUAUGCCUACAUGUACGACGAACAGGAGGCGCAACAAUAUGAGGACGAGCAGCAGGCACCAUAUCCCACACCCGAAAAGGAGCUGCUGAAUUUUGAGAAACGCAUUACCAAAGGCAAAUUUAAGCCAGUGCUCAGGCAGCUCAAGGAUCGCAUUGAUCCCAUACGCCAGGUAAUGCUGGAGAAAGAACGCGAGGUGCUAACAGCCAAGGGCAUUAAUGUGGAUGAGCUGUUUGGCCAAAUGGAGGAGGUGGAGCAGCAGCAUCAGCAACAGCAACAGGAUAAUCGCCUUACAGACGUUGCACGUCACAGCGAUUACGAUGGAUCCGACUCGGAGUCCGAUUCGGCAGAUGAUGAAUACAAACGUCGCAGCAAACAAAUCAAAGAUCGCGACAACUUUGCCGAAAUGCGACAAUUUCUGGCCCAAAAGCAGGCUGUGAAUCUUUUCAAUCUGGAUGCACAGAUGCCACGACCGUCGCCAGCUGUUAAGGAGGAGCUGCUGGAGAGCGAAUGCUAAUAAUAAUACUCCACUUACCUCAUAUCUAAGCACUUUGGCAUUACUCACAUUAUCUCUGCUUAACAUUAUUUUAUCUAUAAACAUUUUCGAGAUAAGCGACACAUCUGCGCCAAGCGACUUCUCCAACAAUUUGUCAUAAAGUGCGUUCUGUUUGUUCCCUCUAUUAAUUUUUUAGAGAUGUUUUUCUGUGCAAAUAGAAAUGCCAGCAAUAAAGCUGUAAAAGUUAUAAGUUUUAAAAUAAAAGUUACGAAAAACCUCUUA